AUGGAGAAACCUGAAAAACUUGCUCCUCUUUGUCUUCUGCUUAGCUUUCACCAAAUUCUUCUCUGCCUCCUUUUUGUAACGCGGCUCACUUCGAUAACAGCAGCAACAAUAACAGAAGCCCGAACACUUAUAAGGUGGAAAGACUCCUUAUCUGAGUCUACUAAUAUCUCUUCAUGGAAAAUUUCUGAUACCCCGACCACUUGCAAUUGGACUGGCAUCUUUUGUGAUGACCUUAAUUCAAUUACUCGCAUCGUAUUGUCCAAAAAAGGCCUCACUGGCACUCUCACCAGCUUUAAUUUCAGUGCAUUUCCCAAUCUCACAAGCUUCAUUCUUGACAGUAACAAUCUAAAAGGUCAAAUCCCACCAAGCAUUAGUAACCUCUCCAACCUCGUUAAGUUAGACCUUGGAAGCAACAUGUUUGAUGGGUUUAUUCCUCCUGAAAUAGGUCAGUUGUCACUCCUUGAGUCUCUUAUCCUGUUAAUAACAGUAUCGGCGAUAAAAUACCUGUCAACCUUAUACAUUGAUCUCAGUAAUAACUCAUUUACAGGACCAAUUUCACCUAAUAUUUCCAAACUUUCCAACCUGACUGUUAUUGACCUGAGCAUUAACCAGCUCUCUGGUUCAAUUCCUGAGAGUAUUGGGUCGAUUCUUAGCCUUGAAAAACUCCAAUUGAACAGUAAUUUACUCGUAGGGAAGAUUCCAACUUCCAUUGGUCAGCUUAAGAACCUUCAAACCCUUGAUCUCUUCUUAAAUAGAUUGAACUCUACAAUUCCAUCAGAGAUUGGAUCAUGUACCAAGCUCAUUCAUCUUUCACUAAAUAAUAAUUUACUCACUGGCGAACUGCCUUUGUCGCUGACCAACCUUAAGAACUUAUCAACACUUCAGUUAUCUUCAAAUAAUCUGGUUGGUGAGGUAUCCCCUUUUUUUCUUUCCAACUGGAGUAGUUUAACUUCCUUGCAAGUUUAUAACAAUAAUUUCAGUGGGAUAAUUCCACCAGAAAUUGGCCGCUUGACAAAACUCGAGUAUCUUUAUCUUUACAAGAACAGUUUCACUGGUUCCAUACCCUUUGGGAUUGGAGAUCUGAAAGCCUUGUCACAGCUUGACUUCUCAACAAAUAAACUUUCAGGUCCGAUCCCUCCAACCAUUGGGAACCUAAGCAAGCUUUUUGUCUUAAAUCUUUUUAUAAACAACCUCAAUGGAACAAUCCCCCCAGAAAUUGGAGACCUCACAUCAUUGACUAUUCUUGAUCUCAAUACCAAUCAACUGCAAGGGGAAUUGCCAAAUACCUUGUCUAACCUUCACAACCUAAAAUUAUUUUCUGUCUACUCUAACAGUUUGGUUGGGGAAAUUCCAAAAAAAUUUGGUGAAAAUAGCCUUUCUCUUAGUUCUGUCAGCUUUUCGAACAACAGUUUCUCAGGGAGUCUUCCUCCUGGCUUAUGCAAUGGGUUUAAGCUGGACCACUUGACAGUUAAUAAUAACAGUUUCACUGGAGGCCUUCCAGAUUGUUUGAGGAAUUGCUCAAGGUUAAGUAGAGUUAGGUUGGAGAAGAAUCAGUUUAAUGGGAGUAUAUCUGAUGCAUUUGGUGUUCACCCGGAUCUUUAUUUUCUCAGCAUGAAUGACAAUCAAUUUGUAGGUGAGAUUUCACGCAAUUUGGGAAAAUGUAAGAAUCUGACAGACUUUCGGUUAGAGAGAAACAAAGUUUCAGGGGAAGUACCAGCUGAGCUAGGGACACUACCGCGAUUGGGUGUUCUAACUCUUGGCUCAAAUGAAUUAAGUGGGACAAUCCCUGACAAAUUUGGAAAUUCGAGCAAGUUGUUUAAACUUGACUUGAGCAAUAAUCACUUCAUAGGGAACAUUCCACAAACUAUAGGUAACUUGAAGUCUCUUCAGCUUCUUGAUUUAUCUGCAAACAAUUUUUCUGGAGAAAUCCCUGGACUUCUUGGAAAUUGUGAUCAAUUAUAUAGCUUGAACUUAAGUCACAAUGAUUUAUCAGGCAAUAUACCAUCAGAGCUCAGCAACUUGAACACUUUACAGCUGACAUUGGAUCUUAGUAGCAACUCCCUUUCAGGUCCAAUUCCUCCAAACCUUGACAAGCUAACGUCCUUAGAAAGUUUGAAUCUCUCCCACAAUCAUCUUACAGGGAAGAUCCCAAAAUCACUGUCGAACAUGAUCAGUAUAGAGUCCUUUGAUCUCUCGUACAACAAUUUGUCAGGUUCUGUCCCUAGCGAUGACUUUUUCAAGCAUGGGCUAUACAUGGGAAAUGCAGGCCUUUGUGGAGAUGCUGUUGGGUUAUCUGCUUGUGCCACACUAACCAAACAUAUGAAGAUUGUUGUCGCUGUUGUGGUGCCAGUGGUUUCUGUGUUGGUCAUUGGAGCAUGUGUUGCAGCUAUGAUAUAUAUCAGAAAGGAUUCACAGCCUCAUGAAGAGCGUGGAAGUUUUGAUACCGAUGAUUCAGAGUCUCUGAUAUGGGAGACAGAAGGUGGAUUCACAUUCCAGGAAAUUGAGAAGGCCACUGAUGGUUUCAGUGAUAUCUACUGCAUCGGAAAAGGAGGAUUUGGUACUGUAUAUAGGGCGUCUUUGUUAUCAGGCUAUGUAGUUGCCGUAAAAAAGCUCAAUAUGUCCGAAUCUGCUGACAUUUCGUUAACAAUGAGACAGAGUUUCAAGAAUGAGAUAAAAGCAUUAACACAGGUCAGGCACCGGAAUAUUAUAAAAUUGUAUGGGUAUUGUUCCAAAGAAGGGUCUAUGUACUUAGUCUACGACUACAUUGAAAGGGGUAGUUUGGGGAAAGUGUUGUACAGUGAAGAAGUUAAAGUGGAAUUAGGCUGGGCAAGAAGAGUGAAUAUUGUCAGAGGACUGGCUCAUGCAAUCGCUUACUUGCACCAUGAUUGCACCCCUCCCAUUGUUCAUCGUGAUAUAUCCAUAAACAAUGUCUUACUCGAUUAUGAAUUUGAACCGCGUCUUUCAGAUUUUGGCACUGCAAAGCUUCUCCAGUCAGAUACUUCUACCUGGACCUCGGUCGCUGGAGCUUAUGGUUACAUGGCCCCUGAGCUGGCUCUGACAAUGAGAGUGACAGAGAAGUGUGAUGUCUUUAGCUUCGGUGUGGUGGCAUUGGAAGUUAUGAUGGGAAAACACCCAGGGGAAUUCCUGUCUUCUUUAUCAUCUCCUGCUAAGAGCCGUGAUAUGCUAUUGAAAGAUGUUCUGGACCAACGACUCUCACCACCUACCGGACAUGUAGCAGACGAAGUGGUGAUUGCGGUCACAUUAGCUUUCUUAUGCACAAGUUCAGCACCAGACUCACGGCCUACAAUGCGGUAUGUGGCUCAAGAGCUAUCUGCUGAAACACACAAUUAUCUCACUGAGCCUUUUGGAACAGUAACACUUAACAAAAUGAAUGUUCCCUAGGAAAGAAAAUUGAACAUGAGAUUUUAUGCUGAUGGAUAUGGUUUAACUAAGGGAAGACCUCGACCACUCUCAUUAGUCAUUAUCUUGGUUGCAUUGGCAAAUUACUUGAUGUAAUGAUCUGCAUGUUAAUCAUGACGAUUCCUGCUUUCUGUCAUACGCUUGGAAGUCCCCGUGUGUGCUUUGUUCAAGCAUCAAGAGUUGGUUAUCUAUGCACUGAUUCAACAUUGUUCAUCUACUUUAUGUUUACAUCCCCUCAGAAAGAAAAAGAAACAUUAUUGUAUGUUUACAUACAGUACUUGGUUUUUUUGUAGACUGACAUUUUUAUGGUUAACUUGUAGAACAUUAAGAGUAUGCUUUGUUCAAGAAUAAUACAACAUUCUUCAAGUAAUGUA